AUGUGGGUACCUACUAAUGGACGUGUAUCAGAUGGAGGAGUUAUUGACAACACCAAGUUCUAUAAAAACCUCCAGAGUGAAACUCUGAACUUACCAAAAGCAGAAAAUGUAAAUGGUAGUAAUAAAAAAUUAAACUAUGUUUUUCUUGGUGACGAGGCAUUUUCGUUAAGACCAGAUUUUUUAAAGCCAUACAAUCUGAGAGAACUUACACUAGAACGUCGAAUAUUCAAUUAUCGUCUGUCGGGGGCUCGCCGAACAGUUGAAAACGUAUUUGGUAUUUUAGCGAAUCGAUUUAGAAUAUUCCAUACUUCGAUUAAUUUAAAAAUUGAAAACAUAGACAAGGUCGUAAUGGCAUGUUGCGUACUUCACAACUUUCUGAGGAAACGUAUCUAA